CCUGAAAAUGCUCAGUUUUGUGACAGCGGCCGCCCCCAUGUCGGAGGGGCGGUAGGCGGCAGCUCGUCCAUCUUCCACCCAGCGGCGGCUCGUUUCCUCGUCUCUCCACAGUUUGUGCGUCCGGCUGGAAGAAGCCACAUUGUAGCUGCAUGACGAGGCUGAUUCCGCUCACAGAGAUAAAGGAUGGCGUCUGAAAACCUGGAGAUGAACGGCGAUGCUGAUCGAGACACGGAGGCUUCUUUCCCUCUUCAGCGAAACCGGAGGCGGCAGAGCAGACCUCUGAACAUGAACCAUUACGCCAACAAGAAGAGCGCAGCGGAGAGCAUGCUGGAUGUGGCUCUGCUGAUGGCCAACGCCUCGCAGCUGAAGGCCGUGCUCGAACAAGGGCCGGACUUCACCUUCUACCAGCCCCUCAUCGCUCUCAUCAGCAUCUCCCUCAUCCUUCAAAUCCUAGUGGGAGUCAUGCUCAUCUUCAUAGUGAAGUGGAAUCUAAACGAUGAAAGCAUGCACUACAAGCUGAACAUCUUGGAGAACACUGCCACGGCGUGCGUCUUUGUCAUCGUCGUAGUCAACGUCUUCAUCACAGCGUUCGGCGUGCAGCGCCCCAACCCGGGACCUUCACCACCUUCUUGACGUGACACACCUACUGCCGGUGGAGACACAUUUACCAAAACAUGACAGUCAUGUUGUUUAUAACCUGCCUUGUUUUAUAUGUUU